UUAAAUUUAUAUUAUUUAAGGUAAUUGUAAAAAUACAAUUAAAAUUUUGACAUUCCAUUUGAUCGAGGACGUGAUCUUGUGCAACGUAAUCUGUCCUUUUACCAUAAGCUGAGGUACAAUGUCGCAUAGAAAAUUCUCAGCACCACGUCACGGGUCCCUUGGCUUCUUGCCGCGCAAGAGAAGCAGACGUCAUCGAGGAAAGGUGAAGGCUUUUCCUAAGGAUGAUCCUUCUAAACCCAUUCACUUGACCGCAUUCGUUGGCUACAAGGCCGGCAUGUCUCACAUCGUUAGAGAAGUAGAUAAGCCAGGAUCAAAGGUGAACAAAAAGGAGGUGGUAGAAGGUGUAACCAUUAUUGAGACACCUCCAAUGAUUGUUGUUGGCGUUAUUGGCUACAUCCAAACUCCACGUGGAAUGCGAUCUCUGAAGACAAUCUGGGCCCAGCAUUUGAGUAACGACUGCAAGAGACGCUUUUACAAGAACUGGUAUUGUGCCAAGAAGAAGGCAUUUACCAAGGCCUCCAAAAAGUGGGAAGAUGAUGCUGGCAAGAAGGAAAUUGAGAAGGACUUCAACAUCAUGAAGAAAUAUUGUACUGUUAUCCGAGUUAUUGCUCACACACAGAUGAAGCUGAUGAACCAGAGGCAGAAGAAAGCUCACAUCAUGGAGAUCCAAGUGAAUGGAGGUGACAUCGCUGCCAAAGUGGAUUGGGCCAGAGAAAUGCUAGAAAAAUCUGUGCCCGUUGCCGAGGUCUUUGGAAUGGAUGAAAUGAUCGACAUCAUUGGUGUGACCAAAGGAAAGGGAUUCAAGGGUGUUACAUCACGUUGGGGAACCAAGAAACUGCCACGCAAGACGCACAAGGGUCUUCGCAAGGUUGCCUGUAUCGGCGCUUGGCAUCCAGCCCGUGUUGGCUACGGAGUUGCCCGUGCUGGUCAGAAGGGGUACCACCAUCGAACAGAGAUAAACAAGAAAGUGUACCGUGUUGGCAGAGGAUACCACAUGGCUGAUGGCAAGCUGGUCAAGGGUAACGGAACCACACAAGGUGAUGUCACUGAGAAGUCCAUUAACCCAAUGGGUGGCUUCCCUCACUAUGGUGAAGUGACAAAUGACUUUUUGAUGGUGAAAGGAGGUGUGAUGGGCCCAAAGAAGCGUGUUCUCACUCUGAGAAAGUCUCUCCUUGUGCAUACCAAGCGUGCUGCUCUUGAGAAAAUCACACUGAAGUUCAUUGAUACAACUUCCAAAUUUGGUCAUGGACGCUUCCAGACCCAUACCGAGAAGCAGACAUUCAUGGGCCCUCUCAAGAAGGACAAACUGAAGGAAGCCACAGCCUAGAUACCUACAAUUGGCUGAACAAGUAUCUUGAUCAUCUGUGCUGUUUAAAAGCAACAAAGUUAAUUAUUAAAACAUUGAUGUCAAAAACUACUGAUAGUUAAAUAAUAUACAGUAAAUGAAAGAAAAUAACAUUUUUGUGUACUUCACAUGCUCCUAUUGUUACAGUAGUCUCAUUCUCUGUUUUAAAUCAACAAAGUUGAUUAUUUCAAUAAUACUGUAUGUUGAUGUCAAAAACUACAGUCAAAUAAAGUAACUGAAAGAAAA